GUAAAAAACAAAAGGAAAAAAAGGAAAGAGAGAGAGAGAGAGAGAGAGAGAGAGAGAGAGAAGCAGAAGGUACGCGGCCAUGGAGAUGGAGGGAGGGAAAGAAACCGAUUCGCAAGCGACAGUGGUAGAUGAUGAUUCAUUUGUCUGGGACGAGACCUCUGGCCUCUACUUCCAUGCCAGCAGCGGAUUUUACCAUGACUCUAAUGCUGGCUGGUACUAUAGUAGUAGAGAUGGUCUUUAUUACAAGUUCGAGAAUGGAAGUUAUGUGCUUUUAGAAUUCGACAAGGUUAAUGCAGUCGAAUCACGUAGUUCACCCGGAGUAGUCUCUGAUACUUCUGAUCGAGAUGAGUCAUCUACACAGUUCUGUUGCAACAGCGAGGAUAAUGUUUCUUCAUUGCCAGUGGAUCAUUGUGAUGCUUACUCAUUCAGUGGAACUGUUCGUGAUGAAGGUGCUCACGGGUACACAAAAUGCAGUUCUGAUCAACCAGCUGAAAAUCCACCUCCACCGUCAGAGUGGUAUGCCACAUUUCUUAUUUUGAAGACUUGUUUCUUUGUCUCUUUUAACAGUGUAUAUGUUCAAUUCAGGUUAGAAGAAUCCCUCAUCAAUCUUUAUCUUUCUGGGUAUAAACAAGUAGGGAAUAAUGCUGAUGUUUCAACAAUGUCAUUGGAAGUUGAUGGCGGGGAUGGCUUAACCUAUUUAGCUGAUGGUGCAUCUAACGAUGAUACUCAAAUGUUAAAAGAUGGUGAUUGGAUCACAGAACACAAUUGUAAAGUAAUUGAUCAAUGUGAAAGUACCAUAGAUGAAGAUGCUUCAUGGGAAGAAGAAAACUGGCAAGCUCAGUAUGGUCAAGUAGUUAAUUCUGGGGAACAGCCACUGCAAGAUUUUCAUGCUGUGGAUUUGUGGGACUGGGCAAAGAUCACAGUUUCCAGAAGAGAUGGAAAAAGUCAGACAUUUAGGCUGGUUGGACGACUGGUGAAACAGUCUGCUAAACUCCAUCCUUCUAUGCCUUCUAGUGGCAAUCUUUAUAGAACUGCUCCAAUAUGUGAAGCACAUCUUGACCUGGUACGAGCUAGAACAGGGCAAGUGUAUAAGUUGCAUAGUCCUAGCGCAAGAUACUUGGCUUCCUUGUCAAGUUAUGAUUCUUCCAACCCAACAAAAGACUGGGGUGUCCCUGAAUUGUCAAUGAACAUUCCACAUAUCCCCCUAACAAAAUCUAGUGGGAAAAGUAAACCAAAAUUAGCAGAUAAAGGCACUGAUUGCAAGGGCAUGUUUAUAUCAUCAAGUCAACAUUCCAUCUCUAAGAAGCAAAGAAUCUAUGAAUAUAGGGAUAGAGCUGCGGAGAGAAGAAACUUUCAUGGCGGAUUUGGUGUGGGCCCUGGACAAAAGAGUACACUAGUUGAUGAUGUUUGUAGCCCUGUGUCUACAGAGGAAGCUGCAGCUGAAGCCUUGGACAUGUCAUUUGGUAGUGGGAGUUAUGCCAGGAAAAUGCUUGAAAAAAUGGGUUGGAAGGAGGGGGAGGGUCUAGGCAACACUAGAAAGGGCUUGAUCAACCCUAUACAAGCAGUUGGAAACGUAGGCAGUGCUGGAUUAGGAUGGCCUCGUGGCAGAAUGACUGAUUGCUGAAAAUUUUGUCCCGGAAGAAUUACUAUGAUGUAUUUUUACAGUUAUACCAAGUAUAUUUGUACCUUGUUUCAUCUUAUAUUUAAUCAUUGUUCAAAUUUUUAGUUUUCUUUUUUCUGUAUAUUUUAUAUUUGUAUUAACCUUGAUGACCUUUGAUCC